CUUACCAAGUAUUAUCAUACUGACAUGGGAAAAGUGCUGGAGAGCUCUUUGUGGAGGUCAUCAGAUUUUGGGACGUUGUACACAAAGCUGAAUCUACAGCCUGGGAUUGCCACUGUCAUUGACAAUUUCUACAUUUGCCCCACCAACAAAAAAAAGAUAAUUCUUGUAAGUUCUUCCCAUAAUGACCGUGACCAAAAUCUUUUCAUAAGCAUGGAUGAAGGAGCCACUUUCCAAAAACAGCCCAUUAGUUUCUUUGUGGAAACUCUCCUUUUUCACCCAAAAGAAGAAGACAAAGUACUUGCUUACACCAAGGAAGGCAAGGUUUAUGUGUCAGCUGACUUGGGGAAAAAAUGGAUCCUUCUGCAGGAGCGAGUUUCAAAAGAUCAUAUUUUUUGGGCCGUUGCUGGAGUUGAUGGAGACCCUGAUUUAGUCCAUAUGGAAAUCCAGGACCCCAGUGGAGGUUAUCGCUACAUCACUUGCCAGAUUCAAAAUUGUUCUGAUAAGACAAUGACAGUCCAGUUUGCUGGUGGCACUGAUCGGGAUUCUCUGACUGUGCAGGAUGACUACAUAUUUCUUCAGACAACAUCAGCAAAUCGGACCAAGUAUUAUGUGUCUUACCGUCGAAACGGCUUUGUACAGAUGAAGUUACCGAAAUACGCGUUGCCAAAAGAUUUACAGAUAAUCAGUACAGAUGAAAACCAGGUAUUUGUGGCUGUUCAGGAGUGGUACCAGACAGACACAUACAACCUGUACCAGUCUGACCCACAAGGUGUUUACUACUCCAUCCUGCUAGAGAAUGUCCGGAGCACAAAACAACCAGAAGAGAAUGUCCUGAUAGAUAUUCUAGAGGUCAGAGGUGUAAAGGGAGUCUUUUUAGCCAACCAGAAGAUUGAUGGGAAAGUUACAACUCUAAUAACGUACAACAAAGGCCGUGACUGGGACUUUUUAAACCCUCCAGACAUUGAUAUGAAUGGCAAACCAACAAACUGCAAACCUCCUGAUUGCUACCUUCACCUCCAUCUCCGCUGGGCAGACAAUCCAUAUGUGUCAGGAACAGUCCAUACAAAGGAUACUGCACCGGGGCUCAUAAUGGGGGCAGGUAACCUGGGGUCUCAGCUGGUUGAAUAUAAAGAAGAGAUGUACAUAACAUCCGACUGUGGGAACACGUGGCGUCAGGUCUUUGAAGAAGAACAUCACAUCUUGUACCUGGACCAUGGUGGAGUUAUUGUGGCCAUCAAAGACACCUCGAUCCCUCUGAAAAUACUCAAGUUCAGCAUAGAUGAAGGCCAGUCCUGGAGUACACAUAAUUUUACCAGCACUUCAGUCUUUGUGGACGGACUACUUAGUGAACCUGGAGAUGAAACUCUAGUCAUGACAGUCUUUGGACAUAUUAGUUACCGUUCCGACUGGGAACUGGUGAAGGUGGACUUCAGGCCAUCCUUCCCCAGGGAGUGCACUGAUGAUGACUAUGAAUCUUGGGACCUCACAAAUCUACAGGGUGAUCGUUGCAUCAUGGGUCAACAAAGGAGCUUUCGGAAGAGGAAGAUUUCAGCAUGGUGCAUUAAAGGGAGGAGUUUCACAUCAGCUCUCACAUCCAAAGUCUGUGAAUGUGUGAACACUGACUUCUUAUGUGAUUAUGGGUUUGAGCGUUCUGCACCUCUGAAAUCGGACUCUAGUAAAUGCUUUGCUGACUUCUGGUUUAACCCAGAAGCACCCCCUGAAGACUGUGUACUGGGACAGGCAUAUACAAGCAGCACUGGGUACAGGAAAGUUGUUUCUAAUGUGUGUGAAGGUGGCAUAGACCUGCAGCAGAACUUAGCGCAACAUUUGUGUCCAUUGAUUGCUCCCAAGGGGCUUCACAUCAGCAUCAGAGGAGAAAGCCUGGCUGUUAAGCCUGGGGAAGACAUCACCUUCGUUGUUAGACAAGAGCAGGGUGAUGUAUUGAAUACCAAAUACCAGGUGGAUCUUGGAGAUGGCUUUAAGGCAAUAUAUGUGAACCUUACAAUGACUGGAGAACCCAUUCGUCACCGUUACGAGAACCCUGGGAUUUAUCGUGUAUCGGUUAAGGCUGAGAAUGUUGCUGGGCAUGAUGAGGCCGUGGUGUUUGUCCAAGUUAAUCCUCCACUGCAGGCUAUAAAUUUGGAAGUGGUUCCAGUCAUUGGCAGAAACCAGGAGGUGAAUCUGACAGCCAUCGUAUUGCCCAAGAACCCUAAUUUGACAGUCUUCUACUGGUGGAUAGGAAACAAUCUUCAGCCACUUCUUACAUUGGAGAGUUUUUUGGUGGCAAGGUUUGCGGAGAUAGGUGAAGUCAGAGUUACAGUGCAAGCUUCCUGUGGGAACUCCAUGCUUCAGGAUUCAAAGGUUGUCCAUGUUUUUGAUCAUUUUCAUGUUCUUUCUCUGAAGUUUACUAAGCGCCUGGACACAUACAACCCUGACAUACCAGAAUGGAGGGAAGACAUAGGGCGAGUAGUAACACGACUUCUUGCAAAGGAAACUAAUAUACCUGAAGAAACACUUGUGACGGUUGUGAAACCUGGUCUGCCCACAACUGCUGACUUGCAUGUGCUACUCCCAGCAAACGAACCAAAGAGGAAGAGGAGUGUAACUAGUGAUAAGAGGAUAGCGGCUAUAAAGCAAGCCUUGAACGCACACAACAUCAGUUUCUUUCUGAGGGGAGGAUACUGGGUCUUAGUGACUUUAGCUGACUCCAGUUCAGACUCUCAAAGGAUUGGAGGAGGCAGUGGGUACUGGGCUAUUGUAGUUCUCUUUGUCAUCUGUCUAGUCAUAGUCGGGGCUUUCAUCCUCUACAAGUUUAAAAGGAAACUGCCAGGCAGAAAUGUCUAUGCGCAGAUGCACAAUGAAAAAGAGCAGGAGAUGACAAGCCCUGUUAAUCAUAGUGAGGACACCCAGAACAUCAUCCAGGGUGAGGAGUUUAUUGAUGAUGAUCUGGACUCUCAAACACUAGGUAACGCAAGAGGCAAUCACUCAGGCGUGGUUUUGAGCAUCAACUCCAGAGAGAUGCACAGUUACCUGGUUAGCUGAUAUUUACAGCUGAACACAAAAACCGAAAGACUCUUCUCUGUAUCAUUUUAUUUUUCCCUGGUGAUGUCACAAAAUUGCAAAUAUGGCUGUAAAUGCUGGUGGAGAGGAGGUUCCUUAACAGUCCUGUGGAAAAAAAGCAUCCAUCAUCAGCUACUGGGGAGACGAUAAAUCUUGCGUUCACUCUAUGGCCUGGAAACUUGUUACAAUUCAAACUCAAACUAAGGUAGCAAAUUUGUAGCCCUAGGCACAUUCAAUGCCACAUUCUUUCUUUUCUGUAUAUGUUCUAGUUUCUCUGUGUUUAUUUUUAGAAGGAUUGACUGUAACUUUCUAAUUAUGUUUUUAAUUGAGGUAAUCAGUGCAAGGCUGGGACUCUUCAGCUUGAAAAAUUGAUUUGUAAACAAGUGACAAGACCAGAAUAGAUGGCUGGCUGAACACUACCAUAUUUUUUUUCAGAAGUCUGUAAUUCAGAAAAGGAACUGUAAUGAGAGAGGUCUUAGCAAGGAGACAAAUGCACUCCUAGUGAAUUCAAGUUCUUAAAUUAAAAAUGUGUGAGACAAUCUAAUGAACUGAGACUUAGAUCCUUCUAUGGAUUAAAGGAAGCAAAGUGUUAAUUAGGAUAUUCUAUAAUUAUAGGAUAAUGCUCUUGUAAGUGUAGCAAGUCCUGACAAACCAUCAGCACCAGUAUCUCUCCCAGUCCCACCUUGUGUGAAAGACAGAACACCAGCUUGAUGUUUUUUCCAGACCAGGUGCCUUCACUUGCAGUCAGUUAUUUUCAGUUAGUUGCUCUCGUCUUUUAUCCAAGCACCUCUAGAAUGAUGGCAGCCGCCAGAUCGGUUAUCAUGUGAAAAACUGUUCUGACAGCCUAUCUCUUUUUAAAUUUCCAGAGAGUGUAAAUACCUCCUUUAAGUAGCUUUCUUUGUAUGGUUAUUUUUUAAAAACUUUCUAUUCUUGGGGCAGAGAUGCCAGGUAUGUCAGAGUUCUCCUCCAAACAGGAUAGUGUAGGACACCAGAAUCCCCUUGCUACUUGGAUUUUCCCUUGGUGUUCCCUUGGUGUUUGCCCUUGCAGGUGCGGGUGGUCAAACUCUUACCUGAACUUUGCCACUUGGAUAUGUUUGACAAUCCAGAGGGCUGUGAGGAGGAUCUGCGGAGGCUCAUGUUUUCUUUCUCUCACCACAGGGUGUCACUCAGUCCCUAUCAGGCACUGGCCCCUAUUUCUGCAGGAAGAGCUGUGGGCGUUUUAAAAGAGCCACCUGCAGAAAGGCGUGUGAGUCAGUUCAGAGUUUCCUUAUCCCAAUCUCUGCAUCCCUAGGGAAUGGAAAUCCAGUGAAUCCACACCUGGCCAGUCACUUUAAUGUGUUUUUUUGGAGCUGUGUGAAAAAUGGACCGUGGGGUGAUGAAUUUAAAUAUUUGGCAUCCCAUGUUAUCACAGCUGCCUGGAAUGAGGACACUUCUGUCAGAAACCUAUAAAAUCUCUUCACCUUUUGCCUUCAAUAGAGACUAAAUGGCUCUUUGCUCAGUGAAUGUCAUACUAAUGCUGGUAGCAAAUUACCACACCAGCUUGCUUAAAGAGGGUACAGCUAGCUAGCUACAUCCUUGUGAAUAAACAAACAUAAAUAAUGAAUGCUGAUAAGACAGAAUAGAACUAUCUUAAAAUUAUCCUAUGCAUUGGAGUCAUUCUUCCGUGUGUAGCUAUGGAUAUCCUGCAGCAUAAUUUCAUCAAAUGCUACAGCCUUGGAUAUAAUAAUUCAUUGUAGUACUGUAGGCUCUCACAAACCCCACAGGAUCUGUGUGUAAAGCACAAGAAAUGCUAGUGUAGAAACUAAGGGUAUCUAACUAGGUGGAAAAGUUAAAAGAUUCCAACAAGUGCUUGCAAACUGCUCAGGAAAACUAUUUCAAAAAAUCUUUCUAAAAUUUCCAGCUAUGUAGUUCUAGACUGCCAUGCAAACAUGAUUUACUGGGAAGCAGCGUUCUAGUUGACUGUUGUAUUGAGGCCUCUGUAUAAAUUUGAGGUGUUCCAUGAUUCUGAGUCGGGGCCUCGUGAAGAGAAAUGCAAAUGCAAAAUGCACUGUGCUCUGGAAACUCUGAGGACUGUUGUGUCGGGGGCUUGCACUUCUCACCAGCUCUUUACCUUUUUUUCUAGUAGAAACGAGCUGGAACAGAGAGUAAAAUAGUAUUGCAAACAGCUUACUGUUUCCUGAGAAAUAAAUUUGAAGUGGGUUAUUUAUGUAGGGCAGUUGAGUAGUGGAUUAGCCUCAUGGAGAAGGAAUGGAAUGAAAAUUCUAGCUUGGGAUCUUUCUCCCAUUGGUUAUGUGAUUGGCUAAGGACACUCUAGGAACAGAGUUACACAUACUAAUUUAUGCUUUAACUGCCUUUAUACAUUUUAAACAGUGCGAUUUGUGUCUCUGAUGACCGGAGUCUUUUGGAACACAGUGGAAUAUUUAACUGCUAGGUACUCUAGUUAACGCUUAGUACACAUAUUGUGCCUGUAACAUGUUUCUCUAAUGAUAAUUAACUUAAUUUGUGCAACAUUUCUGUGAGGUUGGUUUGUCAUGUCUUAAAAACGCUAUGUUUUCUAAAGAGAUGUCAGUAUUGCCAUAUCUAUAUUAAUAAUACCCGACGGAUAAUAAGGGAAAUCUUUGAUUCCAUGGCAAAAAUAACUUUAAAAUGAACUAUUUUAAAAGUAAGAAAAUAUCCUUCCCAUUCAAGGUCACUUAGUUUACCUGUAAAUAAAAAUUCUCACUAGUGCUAGGUUUUGAAUCUCUUGAACUAUGUCCACGACAUCUUCGUAUCUUUAAAGGACAUGUAAGCAUACCAUUAUUUACAUAUAUCCAAAAUCCUGGUAUAUGUGAAUACAGAAACACAGAGUUGUUUAUAUGCACAAACACUAGGCACGCAUGCAUGAACAUACGCAUGCAGUAUUUAGACAUACUCCAGUUAAAUUUGCUAGUGAGGAAGGGUGAUUUGAUGGCUGAGAGACAGAAGACAGCUGUCAGGUGGUCUGGAUUCUAUCCCCAGACUUCAGGCAAGUUAUUUAACCUGUAUGUGCCUCGGUUUCCCCGCCUGUCAAAUGGGGCUGAUAAUUACCUACCUCACAGUGGUAUUGUGAGGCUAAAUUAAUUAUUAUUUGUUCAGGAUCUUCAGAGUGAAAGAGUUAUGUGAGUAUAAAUUAUUAAUAGCCUUGCUUUCUUUGUUUUGCUUAUUAUUAUUGCUGUUAUUAAAGGCAAUCUAGGGAAACCAGCCACAAUUAUGUGUAAAAGUAAAAAAUACAUAAUCCAAAAAGGUAAAUAACUGUUAAAGAGAAAAAAAUGAAAUUUGAUAUAAAAGUCUUACUGGGACGCUUUGUUUAGUGACAGCAUUUUGCAACAUCAGCUGUGAUUUUGCUAGUGUCUUAAACAUAUCAAUUUUCCACAGUGUUAAUGGUUAAAAGCCUUAUAAUAAUAGGUACAAUGAUUUCGCAACUACAUCAAUACCUAUCAGCACUGAUACUGAACUAUACUAAAAUCACUUACAGCAAAAUUGGCAAUGUGUUGGCCUCCUUUGUAUCUUGUAUUUUUAAAGUUCCAAAUAGGUAACAGCUUAAGCCACCCUUUCCUUUUCAGGACACUCCAAGGAAUACUGAUGUGAUGUAACCAUCAAGAUUUACAACUGCUAUCUUUGGUUUCCCUUUUUACAUAAAAAAAAAAAAAGGUAGAGGUUCUUGUUUGAAAUGGUUUCAUUUUAGCAGUAAAAUGCUCCAUCCAUACAAUGAACUCAGAAAUGCUCAGAAGACAUUUAGGGAAAUCUCACAUACAGAGAAAAUUAAUUUCUCAAAAAUAAAAACAAUAUAAAACAAAGUAUGUUUUUAUACCCUGCAAAUGAGGAUGUUAGGCUAUGGAGAAAUAGAAAGUGCCAGCUUGAGCCAAGAUCUUGUUGUAUCUCCAAUUCACUUUCAAUUUUUUGGGACUGUUUUAGGAUAUUCUCAUUGAAUUAUAUCAUUCUUGCUGAGUUUUCUGCUUUCAGUGACUAGUGUAAAAUGAAGUAUUUCUUCAGAUGAAGUAGGUGAUUUGGUAAAUUGCUGUCCUCUGGACAGACAAAUGAGUGGUCUACCCUUACCAGUUCACAGUACAGAGCAGAUUUCAUCUGACAUCAUUACGAUUGAUAGCUGUAUUUUAGGUCCAGUGAGAAAUUCCUUUAAUGGGGAUAUUCUCCUACUGCACGAUAUCUCUUAAAUAGAGGUUAGCAGAAUGGAACUAGUUUGGUUUCCGUCCUGGUUAAAUUAACAUGAAUACAUGCUCUGAGAAAGAGUUUGUUUCAUGGUUAAAAAGUAAGGAAUACAUGCAUUUGUUUGCAGUAUCGUUGUGAUGAUGAACCAAUGGUUCUGAUUUGCUUUGAAUUUUUAGCAUUAUUUAAAGUCCAAUACAGUGUCGCUAAGUUGGUGGUGGUGGUGGCAAUUUCAGUCAUGGAUUUUCCUGUGUUCACAAUAUUUUAUAAUUAUUUUUAAAAGAGUCUUUUGUGGAAAAAGACUACAAUUUGAAUUUCAUUGGAGAAUCACUGACAGUUGGAGUCGUGCAUUGGUAGAUACUGCUCUGUCAUUGCCUUCUCCGCUUACAUUUGAGAGUUUUAGGUGAAAAUAAACACAUUUCUCUCAGAAUGUUGACUUUUCAGUAGAAAGAAAUUCAUAAUCAUUUACCUUUCUACAUGUGGAUUUUUGAGAUGCAAAGUUUUGUUAGAUCUUCUAGUCCAUCAAAGAAUAAGUUGCUUCCUGGCUCAUUUUCUCUAAUCUAGUCCCAACUGAAUAUUGCUUCUACAGCUUUCUUUAUGAGACUGGCAUAUAACCUAAUCUUAGUAGUCUGUGGAAUUCCUUUUAAAACUUCCAUUGGAAUGGCGCUUAAUUGCCUAGAAGUAGUUAAAGCAUCUGCUCAGAGCGUUUUCAUAGCAUUAAGUCUAUAUUUUCAUGUUCCUUAUUUCCGUUCAGUAUUUUUAGCAUUACCCCUCUCAGUGCCAUUUAAAGUGUUUAUUCCUGGCAUGGAUGUGUAUAUAAUGUUUCUCACUUCUUUUCAGACUGAAAUCAUUAAAGUGACAAAUGUUGAAAGAACUCAGACCCACAGUUAGCUUUAGCAAUUAAAAGCCUGGCUCUGCAGGCUUUAGAAAAUGUCAAGUUGUGCACUCUUAAUUUUUUAAUCUUUCUUCAUAAGUCAGUCCUUUUACCUUGCUUGGUCACCUCUGUAGCUUUUGUUUGAAUUCUUUUUGUUACCUCAACUUGGUAGGAAUGCAGAAUGUUUUUCGAAUAUCUAGAUAUACUAGAACAGCAGAUUUCCCAAAUUUGAACAUGAAUGUUUUACGGACUAAGUUUUUAUUUUUCUUUUCUUUUAAAUCUUUUGUGUAGAGCGCAAGGAACAGUACCAUCAGGGAAAUUAAGAUCUGUGAUGUACAUAAAUGGUACUUCAAAUUGUGUGAAGACUAAAGAAUGUAUAUCUCACAUAAAUGUCAUUUUUUCCUGAAAUUGAUACAUAGAGGAAGUUAGUUUCACGCUUUUAAUAUGCAAGAUCUUAUUUCUGUAAGUCUUUAGUCCCUGCCUCUCCUUAUCUGUUAAAUGGAGUAACAAAUUGCUUAAAAUAUGAAUAGUGGGAGCCAUGUAGGUCUGAAUGAAGAAUGUUCAUUGUUUUUUUCCCUUUUUCACUGUGUUAGGCUUGUCAAGACUUCAAGUUUCAGCUAGCUUAUGUGCUGGUAGCUGUGACAAUCUUCAGGAAGAGAAUAUUUAAGACAUGAAAUACAGGAAGGCAUAGAAGUAUGUGUUCUGAAGUGCAAUGCUAUAGCCAUGUAGACAGUGCUGGCUAUGAAUAAGCCGGGCAAAACAAAAUCCUUAUGAAAGAGCUGUUAUGGUUUGCAUCCAAAUGUUCCUUUUUGUACGAUAUCUCUUCAAGUACAUAUUCUCAAUUGCAUACCCUUUUUCUCUUCUUCUAAACUGAUUUCCUUUUUAGGAGUGACACUUAUUAGCCCUGAAAAAAGUGGAAACUUGCCUUUACACAAGUAAUUCUAUUUCAGGUUGUUUCCUUGCAACACUUGAAAGCAUUGCCUACAUUUGAGCUUUAUUGAUUGUAUUUGAUUUCUGAGUUUCUGGAGAAUUUGCAUCUUUAGUCUGUAACAGUUUGUUGCAAUACAAAGGCGUAAAGCCUUGCUAAGCAGCAAAAUGCAUACAGCAGUAUAUGAUGCUGCUUAAAUAAUAUGCUUUUCUUGUGUUUAUUCUCAGUGGUAUAAUGAGGAUUUUAGUCACCAGUAGGACCAGGCAUUGCACAUAGCUUUUUUAGCGUGUCUAGUAUUUCUCUUUUAUUUGAUGCUAAUUUCAGUCAGCUCUUGAUACUUAUAUUCAGCUCCUACAAACACUAUUUGCUCUUGCAGAUCAAAAGGUAAGAAUUGGCUUAGUUCUAUUUAAAAAAAAGUAUUAAUUCACAACUUCUGUGUGUUUAGUUAGAACAGUUUAGAAAGAAAAUCUUUUUGAAACAGUAGAAGAGAUGCUUUUUGAUGAAAACAACUCAUGUAGGAAAACAACAGACUUGUAUCCACAUGGUUUCCAAGACAAACUGAUUAUGGAUUAUAAAUAGGCAGGACUAUGCAGGAGAAAUGGACAUCCCAAACAUCAGCAACAUGCACAUACGCAAUUUGCAGACUAUAAAACUAGUCUAAAGAAGAACUUUGUUAAUACACCAUUUAUAUGACCCAGAUUCACAGUAAGGUAUUUAAAUGGUUAAAAUUACAGGUUAUUAUCACGAUAGUAGGAAGAUGUCCAAUUUACGGGCUGCAUUUGCUGCUUACCCUCCUCUCUCUCUGGUUUAUCUCUUGAGAUGUGAAACUCUCCAGGGAAGUGACGUGCAUUGUUCAAUGCUUGGAACUUUUUGUUAAGUAGUUGAUGGCACUUUAUAGAAAAGUUUAUCUGAAUUUCCAUUCUCCAUCUCUUCUGUUUUUCUUCAUUUCUGUUUUUCCUCCCUCCCUUUUUCUCCUGUUGUUUGUUUUUAUCAUUGUAGCUGGUGUUUGUUGCUCUGCCUUGCCAGCCUUUCUGCUUUUGAUGACAGUUCUCUACAAUGCACUUUCUCUCUUUCUUUUUGUUUUGCUUAUGUUCUAUUUCUA